AUGCUUCGUCGUUGCCUCGUUCUCGUCUCUGCUUCGCACCCUCCUACAUCGACCACUUUAUUGGGUCCUGAAAAGAAUUGGAUCGCUGUCAACAUUGACAAGUACUUCUCUGUUUAUGUGAUCGGACCCAGACAUUUCGCCGUGACGAUGUCAUUCACAAGCAAUGAGCUCAACUAUCUUGUUUGGAGAUAUCUGCAUGAAUCUGGUUUCGAACACACUGCAUUCGUGUUCGGUCACGAGUCGGAAUUGAACGGCUCAGCUAUUGUGUCGUCAGAAGUUCCUUCCGGAUCGCUAGUCAGCAUUGUUCAAAGAGGUCUUUAUUAUAUUGAUGCAGAGGUGAAGGCUUAUAAUAAUGAACUACCUCGUGAAGGUGAAGAUGAUGCUGAGUGCAAGAUGUCCCUCAUUGACGGAGGAGAUUGUAUGUACGAGAUUUCCCAGCAACGUCCUCAGUACCAACUUUGUCCUUUCUGUGGCUCACAGAUUGAAGAGGCUGCUUACCUAAAUCACAUCGUUCGUGAUCCUUCGGAAUCGCCAGUUGUGCAGCCCCCAUCGCCUUCGGAUGCUGGACAUUCGGAUGUUGCUGCUUCCAUGUCCCCGGUAGCUGCAAAUACAGACAAUUCGUUGGUUCCACAAAGCGGUGAGAAUGUGACCGGAGUUGAUGGCUUGGCACCGUCGUACGGUAGUGAAAUGACCGCAGAGGUAUUCCGCGACUACAUUAUUAGCAGAAUGGCACGAAGCGGACCAUUAGAAGCUCUUCCAAGCUUCAAUCCACCUGUGUUUUCGGUUCCACAAUAUAAUUCUGAGCAGAGAAAAAAUGGUGAGAGACCAUAUCAGUAUGUCGACAACACUGCCGUUCUGCAGUACCCUCAACAGGGGCAGCAGCCAAGAAACUGGUGA